GCCGCUGACGGAGCCGCAGGAAGAUGCCGAAGCGCUGUCACGCCACGGCCCCGGAGCACGUUCCGGGAGAGCGCGGGGGCUCGCGGGGGUCCGAGCUGCCUUCCUCCUCGCGUUGCUAGGGACGUGCUCCUGGACCUCCGGGAGUGAGCCUGCCCUCGCCCAGCAAGCCGGAGCCUGCGGUUGUCAUUGAUCAAUUGGAGAAGCAGGACCUGAAAUAACAGACAUUAGCAAUGAUGUGUGAAGUGAUGCCCACGAUUAAUGAGGAUACCCCCAUGAGCCAACGGGGGUCCCAGAGCAGUGGCUCAGACUCAGACUCCCAUUUCGAGCAACUGAUGGUGAAUAUGCUAGAUGAAAGGGAUCGUCUCCUAGAUACACUUCGGGAGACCCAGGAGAGCCUGUCACUUGCCCAGCAAAGACUCCAGGAUGUCAUCUAUGACAGAGAUUCCCUCCAGAGACAGCUCAAUUCAGCUCUGCCACAGGAUAUCGAAUCUCUAACAGGAGGGCUGGCUGGUGCUAAGGGGGCUGAUCCACCGGAAUUUGCUGCAUUAACAAAAGAACUGAACGCCUGCCGGGAGCAACUUCUAGAGAAAGAGGAAGAGAUCUCUGAACUCAAAGCUGAAAGAAACAACACAAGACUGUUACUGGAGCACUUGGAGUGCCUUGUGUCACGACAUGAAAGGUCACUAAGAAUGACGGUGGUGAAACGACAAGCUCAGUCCCCUUCCGGAGUGUCUAGUGAGGUGGAGGUUCUCAAGGCGCUGAAAUCAUUGUUUGAGCACCACAAGGCCUUGGAUGAAAAGGUAAGGGAGCGGCUGAGGGUUUCUUUAGAAAGAGUCUCUGCACUGGAAGAAGAACUAGCUGCAGCUAAUCAGGAGAUUGUUGUCUUACGUGAACAAAAUGUUCAUAUUCAGAGAAAAAUGGUAUCAAGUGAGGGAUCCACAGAGUCAGAACAUAUUGAAGGGAUGGAACCUGGCCAGAAAAUCCAUGAAAAGCGUCUGUCUAAUGGCUCCAUAGACUCAACCGAUGACACUAGCCAAAUAGUAGAACUACAAGAAUUGCUUGAAAAGCAAAACUAUGAAAUGGCCCAAAUGAAAGAACGACUCGCAGCCCUUUCAUCCAGAGUAGGAGAGGUAGAACAAGAAGCAGAAACAGCCAGAAAGGAUCUCAUUAAGACAGAAGAAAUGAAUACCAAAUAUCAAAGAGAUAUCCGAGAGGCAAUGGCACAGAAGGAAGAUAUGGAAGAAAGAAUCACAACCCUUGAGAAGCGUUACCUCAGUGCUCAGAGAGAAUCUACCUCCAUUCAUGAUAUGAAUGAUAAACUAGAAAAUGAGUUAGCAAAUAAAGAAGCCAUCUUACGGCAGAUGGAAGAAAAAAACAGGCAGUUACAAGAACGCCUUGAGCUGGCUGAGCAGAAGUUGCAACAGACGAUGAGAAAGGCUGAAACCUUACCAGAAGUAGAGGCUGAGCUGGCCCAGAGAAUUGCAGCUCUGACAAAGGCCGAGGAGAGACAUGGAAAUAUAGAAGAACGUAUGAGACAUCUAGAAGGUCAACUGGAAGAGAAGAAUCAAGAGCUUCAACGAGCUAGGCAAAGAGAGAAAAUGAAUGAGGAACAUAACAAGAGAUUAUCUGAUACUGUGGACAGAUUGCUGACAGAAUCCAAUGAGCGCCUUCAGCUGCACUUAAAGGAAAGAAUGGCGGCCCUGGAAGAGAAGAAUGUUUUAAUUCAAGAAUCAGAAACCUUUCGAAAAAAUCUUGAAGAAUCUUUACAUGAUAAGGAUCGAUUAGCAGAAGAAAUAGAAAAGCUGCGAUCUGAACUUGACCAAUUGAAAGUGAGAACUGGCUCUUUAAUUGAACCUACAAUAUCAAGAACUCAUCUUGAUACCUCUACUGAGUUGCGGUAUUCAGUAGGAUCCCUAGUGGAUAGCCAGUCUGAUUACAGAACAACAAAAGUAAUAAGAAGACCAAGAAGAGGCCGCAUGGGUGUGAGAAGAGAUGAGCCAAAGGUAAAAUCACUUGGGGACCAUGAAUGGAAUAGAACCCAACAAAUUGGUGUCCUAAGCAGCCACCAUUUUGAAAGUGACACCGAAAUGUCUGAUAUAGAUGAUGAUGACAGAGAAACAAUUUUUAGCUCAAUGGACCUUCUCUCUCCAAGUGGUCAUUCUGAUGCUCAGACUCUAGCUAUGAUGCUUCAGGAGCAACUGGAUGCAAUCAACAAAGAAAUAAGGCUAAUUCAGGAAGAAAAAGAGUCUACAGAGUUGCGUGCUGAAGAAAUUGAGAACAGAGUGGCUAGCGUGAGCCUGGAAGGCCUAAACCUGGCCAGGGUCCACCCAGGUCCCUCCAUCACUGCCUCUGUUACAGCUUCAUCGCUGGCCAGUUCGUCUCCCCCCAGUGGACACUCAACACCAAAGCUCACACCAAGAAGCCCUGCCAGGGAAAUGGACAGGAUGGGAGUCAUGACCCUGCCAAGUGAUCUAAGAAAACAUCGGAGAAAGAUUGCUGUGGUGGAAGAAGAUGGUCGGGAGGAUAAAGCCACAAUUAAAUGUGAAACUUCGCCUCCCCCCACACCACGAGCAGUCAGAAUGACCCACACUCUUCCUUCUUCCUACCACAAUGAGGCCCGGAGUAGUUUAUCUGCCUCUCUUGAGCCUGAAAGCCUUGGGCUUGGCAGUGCCAAUAGCAGCCAAGACUCUCUUCACAAAGCCCCCAAGAAGAAAGGAAUCAAGUCCUCAAUAGGACGUUUGUUUGGUAAAAAAGAAAAAGCUCGUCUCGGUCAGCUCCGAGGCUUUAUGGAGACGGAAGCUGCAGCCCAGGAAUCGCUGGGGCUAGGCAAACUCGGAACACAAGCAGAAAAGGACAGAAGAUUGAAGAAAAACACAUCAGGGCAUGAACUUCUUGAGGAAGCUCGGAGGAAAGGAUUACCUUUUGCCCAGUGGGAUGGACCCACUGUGGUUGCUUGGCUGGAGCUCUGGUUGGGAAUGCCUGCUUGGUACGUGGCUGCAUGCAGAGCCAAUGUGAAAAGUGGUGCCAUCAUGUCCGCUCUGUCAGACACUGAAAUCCAAAGAGAGAUCGGAAUCAGCAAUCCUCUACAUCGCUUGAAGCUGCGAUUAGCAAUCCAGGAGAUGGUUUCCCUCACAAGUCCUUCAGCGCCGCCAACAUCACGAACUCCUUCAGGCAACGUUUGGGUGACCCAUGAAGAAAUGGAAAAUCUUGCAGCUCCAGCCAAAACGAGAGAAUCAGAGGAAGGAAGCUGGGCUCAGUGUCCGGUCUUUCUACAGACCCUGGCUUAUGGAGAUAUGAACCAUGAAUGGAUUGGAAAUGAAUGGCUUCCCAGCCUUGGGUUACCUCAAUACAGAAGUUACUUUAUGGAAUGCUUGGUGGAUGCAAGAAUGUUAGAUCAUCUAACAAAAAAAGAUCUUCGUGUCCAUUUAAAAAUGGUGGAUAGUUUCCAUCGAACAAGUUUACAGUAUGGAAUUAUGUGCUUAAAAAGGCUGAAUUAUGAUAGAAAAGAAUUAGAGAGACGACGAGAAGCCAGCCAACAUGAAAUUAAAGAUGUUUUGGUGUGGAGCAAUGACCGAGUUAUUCGCUGGAUACAAGCAAUUGGACUGCGGGACUAUGCAAACAAUAUUCUGGAGAGUGGUGUGCAUGGCUCACUGAUAGCCUUGGAUGAGAACUUUGACUAUAGCAGCUUAGCUUUAUUAUUGCAGAUUCCCACACAGAACACCCAGGCAAGGCAGAUUCUUGAAAGGGAAUACAACAACCUCUUGGCCCUGGGAACAGAGCGACGACUGGAUGAAACUGAUGACAAGAAUUUCAGGCGGGGAUCCACCUGGAGAAGGCAGUUUCCUCCUCGUGAAGUACAUGGAAUCAGCAUGAUGCCGGGGUCCUCAGAAACGCUACCAGCUGGAUUUAGAUUGACUACAACAUCUGGGCAGUCAAGGAAAAUGACAACGGAUGUUGCUUCAUCAAGACUGCAGAGGUUAGACAACUCCACUGUUCGCACAUACUCAUGUUGACAAGCCACUCAAAGGAGGCAGCAAUGACCUGCUAUGUCGUCUUUUCAGUCUACUCUACCUAAAGUGCACUACCAUCUAAGAAGACAGUGAAAGCCUUUGCGAAGACUGAAUUCUAAGAAAAUAAUAUAAGUAAUGGUUUAUUACAAGCUAAAAAUGUGAUUUUGAGGGAUGUCAAAUGCUAAGGUUGAUCGGUUUACUACAACUGUCAUAACAUGCUUCAGUCAUUUGGAAAAUGAUCAUCGUCUACAUCAUAAAUUCUGAACGACAGACACUUUCAUGAAAUGGAGCCACCAGUUUUUCAUGUUGUAAUAUACUAGGCAUUUAUGUAUUACUGUGUAUUUCUUUUUAAAUGUGUAAGUCUUAUGUAAAUGGAUAUAAAUAUGAUUUUUUAAAAAUAAAAUUUAUGGUUCAUGGAGUCUCGAGUACAAACCCUUAAUAAUUCUAAGUACUGUUGGUAUUUUACCAUUCCACCAUUUUUACAGUUUUUGAAUUGUAACAGUCAAUCAAUAUGUUUCUCCUUCAAGUCUGUCAAUACUUAAAGCUGAACACCUGCCUCUGAUCAUGUAAAAUUUAAAAAAAAAAUGAUUUAACCUGGAACUGGAGCCAAACAUGACCUUUAAAGGCAAUCAGGGAUGUCCUAUAUCUUUAGAAAUAGCACUGUGAUGGCUCGAUCUCCUUUUCAAUACAAAAAAAAUAAAAAACUGUUUACAAGAGUCAAAAGCAAUUAUUUAAAAGAAAUUUAUAUUAAGAAAACUAUCAUCAUUAUCUUCUCUUGCUCCCUAUGGGCCAAGAAACACACACACACAUACACACACACACAUACAUACAUACAUACACACACACAUACACAUAAACGCACAUACACACGCACUCACAACUUCUUUAUCAAGAACACCAUAUUCAUUCCAAUACCCUGAGAUGCCUGCCAGCAAUGGACAGUGAAUACCAGCCACCACAGCGUUUGAGGCUCAUCUCCACCAGAACCCCAGAAACAACCCUUCUCUUUCUUUUUUCUUUUCUUUUCUUUCUUUUUUCUUUUCUUUUUUUUCUUUUCCU